AUGCGCGCGUUCGCGAGCCCCCCCGCGCGCGCGUCCGCGGUGGACGCGAGACGGCGCGAGAGAGAGACGCGCGCGUCCACCGCGGCGCGCGGCGACGGCGACGCGGCGGCGCGCGCGCGCGUCCGCACCGGCGCCGCGCGCGCGAACGGGGCGCAGGGACGCACGCUGUCCUCGAGCAGACAGCCGAGCGCGCCGCACGGACCGAGAUUUCACGAGUACGGUGGAUACGACAUCGACCCGGAGCUCCAGCACAAUCGGGCGAGUUACCUGCGCGAGCGAUGCGACGUCGUCACGAAGGAGUUUGAAAGCGCGAUCGGGAUGGAUGAUUUUUUGUUCCGAACCGAGGUGAUGUUGCGAAGAUUUGAGUUCACGACGGAUAAUUCGAUCGCGCUCACGUCGCUGUGUCGAGACGAGAUUACGUUUCCGUUGAAGAAUGCGAUCGACGACAUUUUUGGAUACUCGAUGGAUUUAGACGGUUUAGGCGGCAUCAUCUCCGCGGGGACGACGGGGUUGGGGGCGGGAUUGAGCCACUCGCCGACCGAUCACAUCACGGGAAAGGAACGAUACGUCUUUUUCGCGAUGCCGCACAUCGCGAUCGAUGCCGAGGGUCGAGUCGGGAGCAUCAUGCGCUCGGGACGCCGCGGGCAGUCGUGCGCGUGCGGGGCGCUGGUGAAGCUCCAACCGAUGUUCAAGCAGUACAAGGAGGGUAAGAUGACGUGUGAUGAGCACGCGUACGAUGAACUCGAUCCGGAAUUCUCCAUCCUGCAGAAGAGGCUCAUAUCAGCCGUCGAUAAGGAUGACAUUCCCAAAGCCGGUUACGACUUGGCCGAAGUCACGCGUCUCGCCGAUCGCGUCAUCCGACGCGAUCUCGACGCCCUGAUCGAGCGCACCGUCGACGUUUCCAAGGCUGACUACGCCGUGUGUACGGGUAUUCAAAUUCAUAGCACCACGGCGAACCAACGGAUCUGGCAUCCGGCUCUGGAAUUCGUCGCCCCGACGUCCAUGUACGUCGUCAAGGAUGGCGUUCGCCACGACAUGGACGUCCUCUCCGUUGAUCCACCGACGCCUCGACAGCUCUUCCACAUCGCGGGCGGCGACGAGAUCUGCGACCUCCCAAUGCCGCGAAGAUCGUGGUGA